GAUGCUGCAUGCAGCAGAGAGCCUCCCAUGCAUGCAGGAGGCAUUUACUUACUCCAAAUGCCUCCUGCCUACUGUUACUUACCAUACUAGUGCAUGAACCUGAAUCACCACCAGUGUACUGUGACCCUUCAUUUCCAGUGUUAGGCAGAGGAUUGGUAAAUACCGGCAUUGCUAAUAUCUGUAUCAUUCAGAUUAUUAGUUACCAACAACUUUUAUUAACUAGAUAAAUAAAUUAAAAAGAACACAAGACCAUAAUAACAAAGAGUAUAUAUAUAUUUAGAUGUGUGUGUGUGUGUGUGUGUGUGUGUGUGUGUGUGUGUGUGUCAGUAUACACACACUUCAAUUUAAAAAACACACACAAAAUAAUAAGGUACACCACUAGAGGCACUGAUGAGCAAGCAAACGGGUUAAACCUGCGAGUUGGUUUUUUUCCCUCUGACUUGGUUUCAGCUUUUGUUUAUAGUGAAUGGAAAGUAAAACUCACCAUAGAAUUAGUAAGUGCGGGAGGCGGCACCAGCCAGCCUAUAUAAGCAGGGAUGUAAGGUGCAUUGGGUCACAUUAAGCACAAAGUGACAAGAUGCUGUCCCUGUGUACGCUGUCAGCUAAGCCAUAUCUUACAUCAGUCUGGAGGAAUAUGAAGCUGAUGUUACAAUUCAUGGAGAUGCUCUCCUUAUGGGGGUGGCUGAAGGUCUUUGGAGCACAGAAUGUAUCAGCCACAAGAGGGAAAGUGACCCAGGACCCCGGCACAGUGAAACCCACCAGUGUGAAUUAUCACUUCACCAGGCAGUGCAAUUAUAAGUGUGGCUUCUGCUUUCACACUGCAAAGACCUCAUUUGUCUUACCCAUAGAAGAAGCCAAGAAAGGACUCUCCAUGCUGAAAGAUGCAGGUAUGGAAAAAAUAAACUUUUCUGGGGGUGAACCAUUCAUGCAGGAUAGGGGGCACUUUGUUGGAAAGCUGGUCGAGUACUGCAAGCAAGAUCUGCAGCUGCCCAGUGUCAGCAUUGUAAGCAACGGCAGUCUGAUCACAGAGAAGUGGUUUAAAUCAUAUGGUGAACAUCUGGAUAUUCUUGCUGUGUCCUGUGACAGCUUCGAUGAGGGCGUCAACAAGCUCAUUGGCCGAGGACAAGGGAGAAAAAACCACGUGGAAAAAUUAAUAACGAUCAGAAAAUGGUGUCAGGAAUAUAACGUGGCAUUUAAAAUAAAUUCUGUUAUCAACCGCUACAAUGUGGACGAGGACAUGAAUAAGGAAAUUACAAUGGUGAAUCCAAUACGCUGGAAGGUGUUUCAGUGUCUCAUUAUUGAAGGCGAAAAUUGUGGAGAAGAUGCGUUGAGACAAGCUGAGCAAUUUAUCAUCACUGAUGAUGAGUUUAAAGGUUUUCUGGAUCGUCAUAAGAACAUGAAAUGCUUGGUUCCUGAAUCUAACCAGCAGAUGCGGGAUUCUUACCUCAUUUUGGAUGAAUAUAUGCGUUUCUUGGACUGCAGAAACAACCGAAAAGAUCCAUCCAGAUCUAUUUUGGAUGUUGGUGUUGAGAACGCCAUAAAGUUUAGUGGCUUCGAUGAGAAAAUGUUCUUUAAAAGAGGAGGAAAGUAUGUGUGGAGCAAAGCAGACCUGAAGUUGGAAUGGUGACCACGUCACAUUGUCAGACAAUGGUUCUCACACAGGACAGUUGUACAUCAUGGUGUGAAAUCACUGGAAGACUGGACUAGACUGUGUACCUUCAGUAUAUGUUCCAUGAUGUUCUAUUAACCUGGCAUGCAGAAAACACGUCAUCAAGCCUCAUUCAACAGGAGAUAUUGUCUCACAGACCACCUGAAGCCCAUAACAUUGCUCAUCUUCGUAUUAGACCACAAAUGUUGUAAAGGUUAUAUUUCGUCAGUAAGUUUACUGAUUAGCAAUAAUGUUCUGCACUUACGCAGAGUUCUUUGCAUCUAAAACAAAGAUGUAGAUAAAUCAAAUGUUGAAAUAUUCCUCCAUGGUAACAAUUGACAUUGGAGAGACUUGGUAGCUAUUGGGACAACAGCAGAUACUAUCUGGAAAUAAGAGCAGUCUAUGCUUUGUGUUAUCUGCGUACAUAAUAGCAUACCUCUUGGGAAUGUCCAUUCUUCUGUGGUUUCCAAUUACAGCGCUUAACCCCCUUCCCCUCCCCUAAGUAUGUCCAUUAAAUGCCUCUGGUGCAUGCAUCACCCAUUCACCACCGCCCUGCUAUGCGGAGCUGCAAUGAAUGGGCAAUAGCUCCCAACCUUCUCUUAAGGAGAACACUAAUUUUCUCUUCCUCCAAGAAACUAAACUGCAUAAAUUGCCACCUCUCCCACUCUCUAAUGUACUAUAUACGGUAAUCCUGGCUCUACUUUGCAUUGUAAACCAAUAUAUUCCUACAGAGAAACUGACAAUUUUAUUUAUUGCACUAUAUAUACUGGUUGGGUAUGCGUUACCGCUGCUGUGGAUUUCAGCGGUCAGUAUACCGACAGCGGAAUCCCGGCAGCGGAAUGCCGGGCGAGCGCAACAAGCCCCUUGCGGGCUCGGUGGCAUUCCCAUUCUAUAGGUGUCGUGGACGAGUUGGGAUAGUCCCUGAUAUUCAGCAUGCCGACUGACGGAAUUUAGAGGGGUGCGGGAUUUAGCCAUCGGUAAUGUGACCAGCGGUCUCCUAACCGCCAGUCACAUAACUACGUCCCAUAUAUACACAUAGAAAGAUUUGUUUACAAUAAUUAUUAAAUGUAUAUAUUUUGGGGGUUUUACAAGUGUAUAUUUAAGAGUAUUAUAAAGGCAGUUCAACCAUGGAAAAACUGUCAGAAAUGUUUUCAUAUUUGCAUUAUUCAAUCAAAUCAUACAUAGGAGCAACACCACAACCACCCCCAAGACACCCUCCCUUCAGGACGAAAACCCAGGUUGUGUGUCGUCACAGAGGGGUGCGAGUGGGAGGACCAGUCGGAAUCCACAACUGUGUACUUUUUGUUGAAUAUAUACAGAUGGCAAAUGCAGCUUCGGAAUGAGCACUUUGCCAACACGUCCUUGUAUUAUUGUACACGGUACAGUUACAGGGUGUGUUUGGGUGUAUUUUAUUUAUAUUGUAAGAAUGGAUUAAUAUUUAGUGAGUAAGUAAUUUUAAGUGAGUGGCAUUGAUUUUUGUUGUAUGUUUGGGAUAAUUUAUUUUUUUAUUAGUAUUUUUGUACUACAGUAAGACUUGGCAGAACUAAACUUUUUUUUGGGGGGGACAAAAAUACAAUUAGAUUUCAUAAGAAUACACUAGAAUAAAUAGAUGUUGGUGGGCAUAUAUAUAAGUACAGUAUUUAGACUGUUCUGCUAUUGAACAUUCUGGCUAAUUUCAAUGGUUGAAUACCCAUGGAAAUAAUCUAUUUACCCCUGUUUUAUUGUACUAAAUUUACUAAUCAUCAGGCGUGGCCUCCCAGUUCAUUACUAUGAGGCUUUUGAUAGGGCUUCAUCAUGUAUGGUGAAAUAACAGAUUAAGCAAUGACCCAGAUUGUUGCAUGUCUAGCUAGUACACCUAUAAAUCAUAGCUAUGCCAACACCUCUAUAGAAGGUUGGAUAAAUCCCCCCUUUAGUCUCAAAAUACUGAUAUGUAUCAAUAUCCAUCUAUAUAUUUCAUAUGUCAUGGACUUCUAAUACCACAAUCAUCACUACAAGAAAUGUAAGCUUUAAUAGGCUAUUGUUAUAGUCAUGCACUUUGGAAAUUUUACUAUUUUGUAUUUUCAUUGUUGUUUUCUUAAUUUUGUGAUAUGCCAUAAUAAAGUCUUGAUUCUCAUA